AUGACCGCAAAUGACUCUCCAGUCAAGUCGACUCAGCAGACUCAGCGGUCGCAGCACGUUGAGACUAUGACUCUCGCAGACGAGGAUACCAAGAUGGAGGGCGGACAUUUGGAGAGCCGCUGGACUCCUGGGGAGGAGCAAAAGGCCCUUCGCAAACUCGACUGGUGCCUUAUUCCCUUAGUCGGCUCGCUGUAUCUGGUGUCUUAUAUUGACCGCGGCAACAUCGGUAACGCGUACACGGCUGGUAUGGGAAAUCAAUGGGGUAUCACGUCUAACGACUAUUCCUGGAUCGUGACCGCGUACUACAUUGCGUACAUUUGCUUCCACUGGUAUGUUUUCGUCUGGAAGUUUAUGCCCCUACCGCUAUGGACGUUUUGUAUGGCCCUUGGCUGGGGCGCUGCUAGUAUCCUGCAAGCCGCCACGACCAACUUUGCUGGCAUCAUGGCUCUCCGAGUGCUGAUCGGCGCAUUCGAGGCUGGUUUCGUCCCUGCCGUUGCGCUGUAUCUGACAUUCUUCUAUCAUCGACGCGAAAUGGGCCUGCGCUAUGGUCUGUUCAUCUCCUUCUCGCCGCUGGCCAACUGCUUCGCUUCGGCCCUCGCGUACGGAAUCGUGCAGGCAAAGACAAGCAUCCACAACUGGCAGCUUCUGUUCAUUGUCGAGGGUAUUCCUACCUUGUUUCUUGCGUUCCUUGCCUAUUUGUACCUCCCAGCAUCACCCUCACAAUGUCGGUUCCUCACCCCGCGACAAAACGAAAUCAUCAGCCAACGCGCCAUCAAGGGUCGCGGAGAAGAUACGGAGAGAAAGCUCAACUUCGCUCAGGUCUUUGCUGCGUUCUACGACUACAAGAACUACAUGCAGGCAUUCAUCAUCUUUUGCCUCAACACCGCGUUUGGCUCGCUGCCGGCUUAUCUCCCUACUAUCCUGAAGGAUAUGGGGCAUACUUCUAUCAACGCACAAGGCCUCUCUGCCUGCCCAUAUAUCACCGCAUACUUUGUCUGCGUGGGCAUGAGCAUGAUUUCCGACCGUGUUGGCCAGCGAGGGCCCUUCGUCUUUGUAUUCUGCUGCGUCGGUGCUGUUGGCUACAUACUCCUGUCCCUCAUCCGCACCACCGCCAUUCGCUACUUCGCAACAUUCCUUGUCUGUGCCGGUGUCUUCCCAGCCGUCGCCCUGACUUUCAUCUGGGUCACUUACUUGAUACGUCAUCAAGCGAUGAGGAAAGCUUUUGGUAUAAAGGUCGUGGAUCGCGUGUAUCUUCUUGGAGUGGCUGACGCAUGUGGCGAGAGACAAUUUGCGGAGCGAGGCGUUGGGACAGUGGAGGAGCGGUCGGAGAAGGAGGAUGUGGAGUGCGUGAUAUAG